UAUAUAUUAUAUCGCCAUUAUUACCAUUCUCCCAUCCAAUCAAAUCAUUUUAUCAUCUUCUUUUUCUUCUUCCAAUUUGUACUUUUUUUUUUUCUUCUCCUCCCUCUUCCCCUUGGGAGGAAUUUAAAGAAGAGGCAGAGAAGAUGAUGAGCAAUUCUGCGGGCAUAUCACCGAGUGAUUCACAGGGAACCAUCAGCUCACUUGCUUAUGACGUCACGUUCGUCAUCGGCUUCGUCCUCCUCAUCCUACUCAUCCUACUGGCGUGCUGCAUCUGCUCCCGCGCCGAACGCCAGGCCCAGAACCUGCAGUUUCGGGACGGUGCCCCUGCUAGACAAGGCCAUGGUAUCAACGAAGCCACCCUCUCGAGCUACCCUAAGCUCAGCUACUCGAAAGCGAAGCACGAGCGGGGCGGGGAGUCGAUCGCGUCGGGUUGCUCGAUUUGCUUGGUGGACUAUAAGGAGUCGGAUAUGCUGAGGUCGCUCCCCCGAUGUGGACACAUGUUCCAUGUCAAGUGUGUGGAUCCGUGGCUUAGGAUGCACUCAACCUGUCCCAUUUGCCGGACUUCUCCUCACUUGGGGACUAGGGUUUCGAUUCCAGAGACCGGCCUGCCUCCGAGUUGACAGGUCAGGGAGGUUAUAUAUAAGUACGCAAACCAUCUUUGCAGGGGGUACAUGCCCGUCACUUACGGUGACAAACUGUUAAGAGGUCGGAUGUCCCGAGUUGGGUGACUUAGUUACUACAGUUAGCAGUCUGCUCAGGACCGUGAUUCGUGAACAGUUGUUGAUGUGGAGGUUUUAAAUCGACCUUUCUUCGGGACAUAUGAUCGAUGUAUAUAUACUGUGCAGGUAGAACCAUAUAUGAAUGUUAUUAUACUUAGCAGUAGUACAUAGAGGGCACGAAGUAGCCUAUCUGGGCAUAGCUUUUAACCAAGAGAUGAUAGCUAGGAGCGAUGCGAAUUCAGGGGCUUUUUGGUUAUUCAAUGGGGCCUCUUUCAUUUUUCUUUUCUAGGAUAAUUUCCCAUAAAUGAUAAACGAUUUACUCCA